AUGGACCUACUCCGCCAAAUCGUCGCAUCGCCACGAGCACGACAUCCCGAGGCAGGACUGGACUUGUGCUAUGUCACAGACACCAUCGUCGCAACGUCGGGACCUUCAGGCACCUACCCACAACUCGCCUACCGUAACCCACUGAAAGAUCUUGUCAAGUUCCUGGACAAGAACCAUGGCGAAGAGUGGGCUGUAUGGGAAUUCCGCGCAGAAGGGACAGGAUACCCCGAUGAAGAGGUGUACGGCAGAGUGCGGCAUUACCCAUGGCCAGACCACCAUCCGCCGCCCUUCAAUCUGGUCCCACUCAUUAUGGGCAGCAUGAGAAAUUGGCUCAAAGGCAAAGAAGCAGAAGGGAAGAAGCGAGUGGCUGUUGUGCACUGUAAGGCUGGGAAAGGCAGGAGCGGGACAGUCAGCUGCUCGUACUUGAUCAGUGAGGAAGGAUGGACGGCGGAGGAUGCCAUGAAACGAUUCACAGAACGACGCAUGAGGCCUGGCUUUGGCAAUGGCAUCAGCAUACCAAGUCAGUUGCGCUGGGUCGGAUACGUUGACAAAUGGACGAAGGGCGGCAAGAUCUACAUCGAAAGACCCGUCGAGAUUGUGGAGCUGCAAAUCUGGGGCUUGAGGAAUGGUUGCAAGAUUGGAAUAGAAGGAUACGUGGACGAAGGCAAGGUCAUCAAGACAUUUCACACCUUCCAGAAGAGCGAAAGAGAGAUCGUAAGAGGAGCGAUCAAGAAAGAGAACGGCUUUGCAGAUGUGGCCUUGGAAGCCAUGGGAAAGAAGAAGGCCGCAGAUAAAGGCGAUGCAGGCGAACAGAUCAAGGAAGCAGAGAAGGCGCAAAAGGAGGCAGAGAAUUCAGACAGCGAUGGGGUAGUCAAUGGCGGCGGGGACGUGGUCUUCAGACCGUCAACCCGAGUUGUUCUACCAACAAGCGACAUCAACAUUGACUUCGAACGACGUAACAAGUCCAAGUACGGCGGCUUCACCAUGGUCACAUCCGUCGCCCACGUCUGGUUCAACGCAUUCUUCGAAGGCAAAGGACCAGAAAAAGACGGCAACCCCGAUGAGUCCGGCGUCUUCGAAAUCGACUUCGACGCAAUGGACGGCAUCAAGGGCAGCAGUCGCAAAGGCACGAAAUGUUUCGACAAGAUGUCAGUGGUAUGGAAAGUAUUAGAGACAGAAAGACAGCCCAGUGUGGUGAUUACAGAACCUGACGACGGCGCCGAGAUUCCUCAGGCAAGACCGGCAGAUUGGAAGGGAGGCGAUCAGAAGAGUGAAGACACAGAGAAGAAGCUGGGACUCAGAACGGCUACGACAGAGAGUGCAAGUGUCAGUCGCGCAAGCAGUAUGCGGGAAGAUAAAGAUAGCCCCGUGGAUAGCCCUAAGGACGAGCUUGACACUGUUCGGGCUGUUGGUCCUGAUGGAAGGGAUUUGGGUGGAGGAACGCAGGCCUCGGGCGAGAGCUCGGGCUUGAAACAGGAGCAGAGCAUAUCGGACACAACACCAGUGCUGGAGCAGCUGAAGUCGGAGGGAAGCGUUUCACAACCUGGUGCGCCGGUCACGGGCAUGACUGACACUGCUCAUGGGCAUAUUUCGUCAUCUACAUCAGCACUACCGGGUGGCAAAGCUGAGGAGAAGCUGAAGGAUGCUAAGGAACAUGCUAUUGGUAGCGUGGGGAUGUUCAAGAAGGAUCAUAGCAGCUCAUGA